UUCAAUGACCACUCUUACUACACAAAUGUCAUUUCUUUUGCUUCUUCUUUUAUCUAUCUUCACAUUCCACAAAACCAUGUCUACCACUGAUCACGCCAUCGUUUCAUGCAAUGAAAAAGACCGGGAGAUACUAUUGAUCUUCAAAGAGGGAAUCAAUGAUAGUUAUGGUCGAAUUUCAACAUGGACAACCGAAAACAAUUGUUGUGCAUGGGAAGGAAUCCACUGUGACAACAUUACCGGAAGAGUUACACGACUGGAGCUAUCAAAUAAUUUUGAAGAAGAGCAACCCAAAUAUUUGAAAGAGUUACAGUUGAGGGGUUGUAAACUAAACAACUUCAUACUCAACCCAUCAAUUAAGUAUAUGAAUUUGUCUUCGCUUAUCACUCUUAAUCUCUCUUUCAACAAUUUCACCUCUCAUUCACCUCAUUCAUUUUUUAAUCUCACCAAAGAUAUCACUUAUCUUGAUCUUAGUGACAGCAACAUACAAGGUGAGAUACCUUCAAGCUUGCUAAGCCUUCGAAAUUUAAGACACCUUGAUCUCUCUUAUAACAAACUACAAGGAUCAAUUCCAGAUGAAAUAGGCCAGCUAGCACAUAUUCAAAAACUUUAUCUUUCCUCUAAUAAUUUCUCUGGUGAAAUAUCAAAAAUAACAUUUUCCAAACUCAAUAGGUUAAAUUCACUAGACUUGAGUAGUUCAAAUGUUGUAUUUCAAUUUGAUUUUGAUUGGGUUCCUCCUUUUCAACUUUCUAGUCUUGUUUUGUCACAAACAAAUCAGGGCCCAAACUUUCCAUCUUGGAUAUAUACUCAGAAAUCACUUGAAUAUUUUGACUUAUCGAGCUCGGGAAUUUCCUUAGUAGACAGAAAUAAGUUUUCAAGCGUUAUACAAGGAAUAUCAAUUCUUUAUUUGUCAAAUAAUUCGAUAUCCGUAGAUAUAUCAAACCUGACACUAAGGGGUAUUUAUUUAGAGUUGGAUCACAAUAACUUCACAGGAAAACUUCCAAUCAUAUCACCAAUGGCAAGAUUCGUUGAUUUGUCUUACAACUCCUUUUCGGGAUCCAUUCCAAAUACUUGGAACAACUUGAAAGAAUUAAGUUACAUAAACUUGUGGAGUAAUAGGCUAUCUGGUGAAGUUUCAAUGGACCUCUCUAGUUCUAGUUUAGAUUACAUUAACCUAGGAAAAAAUGAUUUUUUCGGAACCAUUCCAAUCAACCUGACACAAAACUUACAAGUGAUCAUAUUGAGAGCUAUCAAAUUUGAAGGGAACAUUCCAUCACAGUUAUUCAAUCUUUCUUAUUUGUAUCAUUUGGACCUUGCACAUAACAAACUUUCAGGUUCUAUACCAAAGUGUGUAAAUAACUUGACCCAUAUGGUUACUUUUAAUGUAAAAUCACGGUGCAUGGGUGUUGUAUUUGAGUUGUUCACAAAAGGUCAAGAUUAUUAUAUGUACACAAUUGGGCCAGACAGACGAACUAUUGACCUUUCAUCCAAUAACUUCUCUGGAGAUUUACCAUCAGAAUUAUUUGAACUUGUUCAAGUUCAAACAUUAAACCUAUCUCACAAUGAUUUUACUGGAACAAUACCAAAGACGAUAGGAGGAAUGAAAAAUAUGGAAUCUCUAGAUCUCUCUAGUAAUAAGCUUUAUGGUGAAAUUCCACAGAGCAUGAUUCUCUUGAACUUUUUAGAGUAUUUGAAUCUAUCUAACAACAAUUUAAAAGGAAAAAUCCCAAUAGGAUCUCAACUUCAAAGUUUUAAUGCAUCGAGCUACAUUGAAAAUCCAAACUUGUGUGGAGCUCCUCUAAACAAUUGUACCACAAAAGAAGAAAGUCCUAAAACUGCAACACCAUCUAGAGAAAAUGAGGAUGAUGACUCUAUAAAAGAAUCAUUAUAUCUCGGUAUGGGAGUUGGAUUUGCAGUAGGUUUCUGGGGAAUUUGUGGUUCUUUGUUUCUGAUCAGAAAAUGGAGGCACGCAUACUUUCAGUUUGUAGAUGGAUUGGGUGACAAGCUUUAUGUAACUUUGAUGGUAAAGUUAAAUAGCUUCCAUAGAAAUUGAGCUCCUGCU